CAGCAGCAUGAGGAGAGGUGGUACUGGGGCCCAUGGCAGAUAGAUUACGGGCCUGGCAGCAGCAAAUGGGAGGCCCGUAAUCUGCCAGCACCCUAUGACAAAAAAUGUAAACACACCAGCAGUGUGAGGAGACCUGAAAGUGGCACAUGGCAGAGUGUGGCGAUGGAAACAGCAGCGAUGGAGAGGCGGUUCAGGGACCCAUGAGACACUGUGGACCCUGGCAGCAGAUAAUGAGGAGGCGAGGUUACAGGGGCACAUGGCAGAGUGUGCGAUGGAGACAGCAGCAAUGGGAGGCCGUACAGGGACCCAUGAGACACUCUGGACCUGGCAGCAGCAUG